UGGUUUUGUCGUCCCAUUUCCAUUCUGAUUCCGACCAAACGGCCGCCGCCAUGUCCUCGGAGACUAUCGCCGCCGCGGCCACCUCCGGCCUCGGCACCCGCCGCCCGCGUCAUCCCCCUGCCGCCACCGCCUCCUUCCUCUCCUUCCGUUUGCGCCCCGCGGCGCGGCUGCCAGGGGCCGUCGCAGCCUCCGCCUCCGCCUCCCGCCUCUGCAAGGCCAAGGCUCACGGCGACGACCAACUUGGUAAUGUGCUGGAUGUAGCAGAGUCAACAUGGGAUGAUCUCGUCCUUGGCUCUGAGUCUCCGGUGCUUGUCGAGUUCUGGGCACCGUGGUGUGGCCCGUGCCGUCUGAUGCACCCUGUCAUCGAAGAUGUGGCGAAAGCAUACGCUGGCAGGCUACGGUGCCUCAAGCUCAACACUGACAAGAACCGGGACAUCGCGACGAGUUACGGCAUCAGAAGCAUCCCUACCAUCUUGAUUUUCAAGAAUGGGGAGAGGAAGGAGACGGUGAUCGGCGCCAUCACAGAUACCACACUGGCAAUGACGGUGGAGAGGUUCUUGUAGGCCACCCACAGGCUGCUCACCAUCUACUGAGAGGUCAAAAGUCGCAAACAUAAAAAGAAACUGAGAUUGCAUACAGGACUCUUGUAGUGUUUUCUUUUAAUUAUUUUGGGCAUUUUGAUGAUGAUUGCUGCCGUCGUUACCAAUACCGCCUUUUGCAAACAUGAAAAGAAACAUCUUGGUAUGCACGGUACACGUGUUACAUUAUUUCCCUAUGUGAAAAGAUGUUUGCUGGCAUGUUUGUCAUC